AUGUCUGUCCGGAGGAACGUGCGUCUACGCCGCGAGUACCUCUACCGCAAGGGUCUCGAAGGCAAGGAACGCGCGCUAUAUGACCACAAGCAGCAGCUCAAGGAGGCUGUGCGCAAUGGCAAGGCCAUUCCGACGGAGCUGCGCAGCGCCGAGAAGAGUCUGCGCUAUGAGAUGGAGUACGAGGACGAAGCCCACGAGAAGCCGCUCAGCCAUAUCGACGACGAGUACAAAAACGCGGGCAUGUUCGAUCCCAAGAUUGCGAUCACUACGUCGCGUGAGCCGAGCUCGAGGCUCAAGCAAUUUGCACAGGAGAUUCGUCUUAUCUUCCCCAAUGCCAUUCGACUUAAUCGCGGCGCGCACACUGUCGGCGACUUGGUGGAAAGUGCGAGAGCAAACGACUUUACCGAUCUGAUAUUGGUCACAGAGACCCGUGGCGAGCCAGACGGUCUUGUGGUAUGUCAUCUACCGUACGGACCGACAGCUUACUUCUCACUCAGCAGUACGGUGCUGCGCCACGACAUUGAAGAGCGCGCUACCGUUUCCGAGGCAUACCCGCACCUCAUCAUUAACCAGUUUGAGACGCCCCUUGGCAAGCGCGUUGCUAAUAUUCUGAAGCACUUGUUUCCAGUCCCGAAGCCUGAUGCCAAGCGCGUUAUCACACUCUCAAAUGACAAUGACUUUGUGUCGUUCCGGCACCACGUGUUCAAGGUGGUGGGGCGUGAAGUGGAGCUGCAGGAGUGUGGACCUCGCUUUGAGCUGCAACUGUACCAGGUAAAGCUUGGUACACUCGACCAGAAAGAGGCAGAGAAUGAGUGGGUCUUGCGGCCGUACAUGAACUCUGCCAAGAAGCGCCGUGUGUUGUAG